AUGCUACUGAAGGUGACUUCAGCGAAUAUUCAUGAAACGGCACUAGUCGACUGCGCCACCGGCGCGAUUCUAUAUCGCACCUGCACCUCCCUCUCCGAGCCUCCUGGUCUCCCUGGUCCUUCUCGAUCUAGAACGAGCUUAGCUAGCACGUUUUCCCCUGCGAACUCCAAUCACUCAUACGAGAAGCUGCCAGCAUGCGAGCAGAACACGACGGCAGUGCUCGACUGCGAUGGGGAGAUCGUCGCCGAGAUCGUAUGGGAGGGCAAGAACGCCACGAUCAUCCGGAUACAGGACGAAGAGUUGCAAGGGACAACCGAACUGUUCGACGCUGCCUUUGCUCGCGUCCUCCCCGACGAGACCAUUCUUCCAACACGUAUGGAAUACACAUGGAGGAUCACGGCCGAGAGUUUGACGCUCCUGGAUGACGAUGAUGAGGUCGUAGGGCGGCUUCAUUCGGAUUGUUCCUUCAUCAAGGGGCGCCCCAUACCGGCCCUGCAACCCGGGAAAGGCUCGGACUUUAUCGAGCUCGAGAAGCUGCCCUCGGACGAGUUACUGGAGGUCAUUGUGACGUACCUGCUCGUCAGCACCUUACGAGAACGCCUGUACUCGAUCUCAAAGUACGCGUACGGCCCGCCGCCGGAGCGGAAAAGGCCAUUGGCCAACCUCCGCUUACAUGCAAGCCGCAGCUUUGCGAAUCUACGCGAUAGCAUGCGACGUACCAAGGCAUCGACCACCUCGCAGCUAUAGACGAUCCACUCCGCUUCCGCAUCUGUAUACAGCAUACACCGGCACGCGUUGUUCUCGCCGAAAAUUCACGCCAUUCCUCUCGAUCACAUCCUUAUCCACAUCUCAUCUUCGUUUUCUUC